UUAUUGCUGGAGAAGGAGAAAAGUGCCCCGUAUCCUUUCAGGACUCUUGGUCUUUUGGGCGCGACAGAAAUCGACUGAGGGAAGAGGGAGGAAAAUGCCCUGGAUCCCUGCAGGAUUAAUUUAUUCAAAAAGGAAAUAAUAGAAAAAGAAUCAACAUGCAAAAGUCUUGUGAAGAAAAUGAAGGAAAACCACAGAACAUGCCAAAGGCUGAGGAAGACCGCCCUUCGGAAGAUGUACCACAGGAGGCAGAAGGAAAUCCUCAACCUUCCGAAGAAGGUGUAAGCCAGGAGGCAGAAGGAAACCUUAGAGGAGGGCUGAUUCAACCUGGCCAGGGACUUAAAGAGGACACUCCCGUUAGGCAUUUGGACCCUGAAGAAAUGAUUGGAGGAGUAGAUGAGUUGGAAAGGCUUAUAGAAGAGUUAAGAAGAGUAAGAAACAAAUUUGUGAUGAUGCUUUGGAAGCAAAGACAUUCACGCAGCCGUCCUUAUCCUGUGUGCUUUAGGCCUUGAAUUCUUUUUUUGUCUGAUAUUAAAAUCUGGCCCCUGCUUUCUUUCUGUUAGCA